AUGAGGUGGCUUAAUGCACACGGUUGCAUUGCAGCAACGGAUUGUAAAAAAGAGGUAGAGGAAGAUAAGAUAAAUGAGCAAGAAAUACAAUUAAAAGAUUCUCUAAAUGAUAGCAACAAUGAUGAUUUCUCUGAUGGCAUUUCCAUUAUAAGUGAAAGCGAAAGUGUGGGCCGUAUAUCGCCUCAUCCUUAUCUGAGAGAUCAUUUGCAUGACUUGAAUUUUAAAUUCUCUCUAAGUGAUCACAUGGAUGAUUCUAUUUUAAACAAACUGAGAGAGGAAAUGGAAAAUGAAACAACAACACCUUUGGUAGUGCAACAAACUCCAGAACCAAUUGCUGAGCAGCAAUUACGUCAACGGCGUAGAUCUUCAACAGCUGCAACAGACUCUCAGGCUUUACAAAAAGCCUCACAAACUGUAGCCACUACUAGCGGUUUUGCGCCUCUUGUAAAGCGCGGUUUACAAGGCAUCUUCUAUGUGGGUGUGGGUCUAGCCAUAUUGGCCUUAAUAGGUAAAAUUGUCCACCCCACCUGGCAGCCAUUGGCCAGUGUGGGCAGCUCUUCUGGUUCGCCAGGGGAGUUGGAACAAAAAGUCAAUGACAUGGAGUUGCAAAACAAUUUAAUGAGAGCCGAAAUUGAUUUACUCAAUAAACAAGUGAAAUAUUUGUCUACUCUCAAUGAUCCUCAGCAAACACAGCAACAAAAACAGGCUAAAUAUAAAGACAGCAAAACUUUUAAAGCCUGGACUGGCAAUGGCGAUUCACUCAAACCGGUAGACAUUACCAAACAAGACUUAAGAAGGCCCUAUAAAUGUCCGGACGGCUCUUUUGUGGAAAUUGCCAAUAUGUGCAUGGAACAAUCUUCUUCCAAUGAACCCUCAAUAGUAGACCAAUUUGGCCAUGUUGUAAACGAUCUUAAAGAGCAGUCUGAAGCCUUUAAAACCUUUGAGAAGGUGGCAGAAGAAUUACAAGGUUUCCAAGACAAUCCCUUUGAGCAAUUACAAGAUGUUUUCACAGAUCAGGUGCCCACGGAAGCAAAACGAAAAGAAUUCAUUAAAAAUAAACCCAUCUAUCAAGCAACAGAAGACUACAAACAAAAUCUUCCUCCAACAGAAAAAUAUCAGAAAUACCAAACGACAACAGAAGACGCCUAUACCCCUAAACCACAUAAACACUCGAAAUACGAUGACAGCUCUAAAACCAACAAAGAAUACAAAAAAUCUUAUGGCAAAGAUGAAAAUAAAUCAAAUAACGAAUUUAAAAAACACCAUCACAAUCCCGACAAUUCCCGCGACAAUUCCAAAGAACGGAAAGAAUGGAAAUCGGAUAAAUAUAACAACAAUUCCAAAGAAAAGCAAUAUCGUAAAGACUAUUCAAAAGAGCUUUAUAAUAAAGACUUUGAUGACUCCAAGGAAAAUUCCCCAGAAAAUCACUCCAAGGAACGUUACAAUAAACAAAAACGUAAUAGCGGUCAAUGGCAAGAGAAGUAUAUGAAGCAUAGAGAGCAAUUGCGUAAUGAAAAUGAACAAAAGUAUCAGGACAAUAAGAAUUGGUACAUCAAACGUGGCGACAGUCGUGAGCAUAAACGUAGUGGCGAAAAACAAUAUAGAUGAAAUAAUAGUAUCACCUCCUCAUUCUAACAGAGCACUACUUAAAUUCAGAGUUUAUAUCUCAAACUCUUGUUUUUUUUUGACGAAAACAAUUUUGUUGUGAUAGUAAACAAAAAUACAUAAUUAUAUAUAUAUUUUUUAUUUUAAUUAAAGAUUAUAAACAUUUAUUUAGAAUUGUUAUGUAAAAACUGAUUGUAUACCCUUUAUACAUGUCUCUAAAUUUAAUUUUUAGUUUAAUCGUUAAUUCAAUUUUCGAUUUUUUCUUAUAAUUUUUAAAAUUCUUAUUCAUAUAUUUAGUAUUUAGUUGUAUACGUUUUAUUUUUAAAAAUUGUUUAACAUUUUAUUUGAAAAUUUUCUUUUUUAUAUCAUAAUUUCAUUUUAAAUGCUUUUUUUUCGUCUUCAUUUACCUGUAUUUUAGUUCUUAAUGUGUAUAAACGAAAUAAGAAUUAUGUUUUUAAUGUGUUAUAUAUAAUUAAUUAAUAUUUUUUGUCUUUCAUUUUGUAAAAUUUUUGUUUUCCUUUGUUUUUUUUUUUAAUUUGUGAAAUAUGAUUUGACUUUAGUUAUAAAACGAAAAUUUUACAAAAUUUUCAUUGCCCUCCCCCCAAAAUGAUCCCCUCCUCUUUAAAAUUACACUUUUAUUGUGCAAGUUAAAUAGUAUAUACUAAUUACACGAAAAUCCUAUUUGUAAACUAUUAUUAUAAUGAUGAUAAUAA